AUGGCUGUCGCUUCUAAAGACGACGUAAAGCAGAUUUUCUUGACUGAAGAGGAGCGCAAGAACGGCAGGUACUCGCCUAGGACACUCGUCGAGGUUCUGGAGGCAAUGAACCAAGAUGGGCUUGUGGUCCUGAAGGGCGUCAUUCCAGUGGAGACUAUCAACAAGCUCAACAAGAACAUGUGUGCAGACGCCGACAGGAGAAUCUUGGAUCCAUCUCAAUCGUAUAACCACGGCCUCAAGUCCAAUAUUCUACAGCGACCCCCUGUCAAUGACCCAGAGUAUCUGAGCAAGGACGUCUACUUCAACCCGUACCUUCUCCAGCUAGCCAACGCCUAUCUCGGCCACCGCCCCGUGUGGAACUGGCUCACAGCUAACACGGCCCUCGCCCACACAGGCGGCAUGCGCCAGCCCGUGCACAAGGACUGCAAUUUUGACCACCCCUUAUUCCCCUACAUCUUCAUCGCCAACAUCCCUCUCUGCGACUUCAGCACGACGUGCCGUGACCAGGAGGUGGCCUCAACACCCGAGUCCAUCAGGCCGUACCCGGUCGCGCGCGUGGGCGAGUCGAUCCCGCCCAUCACCACAGAGGCCAAGGAGCGCCGCCUGAAGGUCCGUCCGCCUAUCCAGCCGGCGUGCUACAGGGGAGAUAUCAUGGUGCGCGACAUUCGGACUUGGCAUGCCGGCAUGCCCAACUCGAGCGGGGAGCACCGGAUUAUGCUAGGGUUAGGAUACCAGAGCCCCUCAUACCCCAAUUACACUAUGAGGCUACAUCUACCGUACGCACAGAGGGAGUUCUUCUUGCAGCACGGUGGCGACCUUGUUGAUGUGCGGUCUUGCGAUGAGCACAUUUGGAACUGGGUCUUCAAUCACCGAUGUAUUUGGAGAAUUUGGUUGAGCAGCGAUUGUAUCAUGUCUCCUAAAGUCUUCAUCGUCACCGGCGCUAGCAAAGGAAUCGGCGCGGCCAUCGCCCAGCGCCUCCUCAGCCAAUCCCACAAUGUUGUGCUCGUCGCGCGAUCGCAAGAGCCCCUCGAGGCCGUGAAAAAGUCGCACUCGAGCCAGGUGGAAUACGUCGCAGGCGACGUGACUGAUGCCAGUGUUGCUCGCAAGAUCAUCGACGUUGCGAUCACGUCCUUUGGGCAUAUCAACGGCCUCGUGCUCAAUCACGGAGUCCUCGCGCCGAAAAAGCUGUCCGAAGUAUCGGUUGACGAGUUUCGUCAAGUAUAUGACGUAAACGUCUUUAGCCAGCUUGCCAUUGCGAAAGAGGCUUUGGUCCAACUCCGUAAAAGCAAGGGAUGCAUCAUCUGGAUAUCAGCCGCGACUGUAAACCUGACCUUCGUAGCAUGGGCUUCGUACAGCUCAUCCAAGGCCGCCGUCAACGUCAUCGCCACCCACCUCGCAGCGGAGGAGCCGGAUAUCAUCUCCGUGUCUAUCGAGCCUGGACGUGUAGACACCGACAUGCAAGCGGGGAUACGGUCUAAGGGCAAGGAGAGCAUGGAUUCUGCGAUCUACGACAACUUUGUCGAUACCUUUAACCAAGGAGGACUACUGAGGCCGGAGCAGCCUGCCAACGUGAUCGCCGGUGUAGUGGCCGCGCCUUUCAGUGAGCUCAGUGGCAAGAUUCUAUCUUGGGACUCACCGGAGCUUGCUUGUUAUCAGGAGUAG